GCAAUAGGCUAGUUUAGCUGCUAUUUCCGGGUCGGUGUCAGAUCGGUGGUGUCGGAUCCGAAGACGCUUUUCUACGGUGAUCGCUCCCUCCGCAUAGUCGUCGCACAAAAUGAACAGGAUUUUUGGACGGUCCAAGCCAAAAGCCCCUCCGCCGAAUCUGACGGACUGCAUUGGAAGUGUUGACAACAGAGCGGAGUCAAUUGACAAGAAGAUUGCCCGACUCGAUGCUGAACUUGUUAAAUAUAAAGACCAGAUGAAAAAAAUGAGGGAAGGACCCUCCAAGAAUAUGGUCAAGCAAAAAGCCAUCCGAGUUCUGAAGCAGAAAAGAAUGUAUGAACAGCAAAGAGAUAAUCUAAAUCAGCAGUCCUUCAACAUGGAGCAAGCCAAUUACACCAUCCAAACACUAAAAGACACAAAAACAACGGUGGAAGCAAUGAAAAUCGGCGCAAAGGAAAUGAAAAAAGCAUACAAGGAAGUCAAAAUCGAUCAGAUUGAGGAUAUACAAGACCAGUUAGAAGAUAUGAUGGAGAAUGCAAGUGAAAUCCAAGAAGCACUGUGCCGUAGUUAUGGGACACCUGAAAUUGAUGAUGAUGAUCUUGAAGCAGAGCUGGAUGCAUUGGGAGAUGAACUUUUGGCAGAUGAUGACAGCUCCUACUUGGAUGAAGCAGCCUCGGCUCCUGCAAUCCCUGAAGGCGUUCCAAGUGACUCGAAAAAUAAGGAUGGCGUUUUGGUAGAUGAAUUUGGACUGCCCCAGAUUCCUGCUACAUAACCGUACACAAUGUUACAAACUACUGGAGUAAAGCUUCUGCCUCUUUUCAGUGGGAUUUCUUUUUUGCUUUGAAUUUCUUUAAAACAGUUCCUUUUCUUUUGAUAUAACAAAUUGUGAGAACUGUUUUCAUAUUUUAAAGUCACUACAUGAAAUAUUCCUUCUCUUGAAUCGGGAUAUUUUUUUUUUUUACUUGUUGGAAGCAAGUCUCCACAGCCCAAUGAAGACCUAGGUCCUUUGCUUCAUUUGUGCAUGGAACAGUAAUAAUUUUCAAACAUCUAAAAUCUUUUUGUAUAAAAACAUCUCGGACUGGGAUACCUUCAAAAUGCAGCUUUAUUGCUAACAACCAACAAUUUCCUAUAAACCCAUUUUAAUAAAGUCCAGGUCACAUAGGUGGAAGGUUAAGUGUUAACAGAAAAGAAGUCCUAGUCUCUGAAACUUCAAUCCUUGUUUCAUCCAGAAGUGUCAUACUUACUUUACUGAGUCAUAUUCAUAAUUUAACUGUUGUGUGUAUGUAUAUAUUUUUCAUAUCAUGUUUCCCUUUUUUUGUCUAAAGAAGUUGUCAUGGUUAUAAGAAUUCAAAUCCAAAUAUUACUUGUGUCUUAAGUAACUUUAAUAAACGAGUAUGAUUGAUUGCUGUA